AUGGCUGGUGGUGACGUUCAAGAUAAGUCCGUUUUCGGCAUGCCCGGCUUCGUUGUCGACUUCAUGAUGGGUGGUGUCUCCGCUGCUGUCUCCAAGACCGCUGCUGCCCCCAUCGAGCGCAUCAAGCUGCUCAUCCAGAACCAGGAUGAGAUGCUCAAGGCUGGCCGUCUUGACCGCAAGUACAACGGCAUUGUCGACUGCUUCAAGCGCACUGCUGCCCAGGAGGGUAUGGUCUCCCUGUGGCGUGGUAACACCGCCAACGUCAUCCGUUACUUCCCCACCCAGGCCCUGAACUUCGCUUUCCGUGACACCUACAAGUCCAUGUUCGCCUACAAGAAGGAGCGUGAUGGAUACGGCAAGUGGAUGAUGGGUAACCUCGCCUCCGGUGGUGCUGCCGGUGCCACUUCCCUCCUCUUCGUCUACUCCCUUGACUACGCCCGUACCCGUCUGGCCAACGACGCCAAGUCCGCCUCCGGUGGUGAGCGCCAGUUCAACGGUCUCGUGGAUGUCUACCGCAAGACCCUCGCCUCCGACGGUAUUGCCGGUCUCUACCGUGGUUUCGGUCCCUCCGUUCUCGGAAUUGUUGUCUACCGUGGUCUGUACUUCGGAAUGUACGACUCCAUCAAGCCCGUUCUCCUGGUUGGUCCUCUUGAGGGCUCUUUCCUCGCUUCCUUCCUGCUCGGCUGGACUGUUACCACUGGUGCUGGUGUUGCUUCCUACCCUCUGGACACUGUCCGUCGUCGCAUGAUGAUGACCUCCGGUGAGGCCGUCAAGUACAAGUCCUCCAUGGAUGCUGCCCGCCAGAUCAUCGCCGCUGAGGGUGUUAAGUCUCUCUUCAAGGGUGCUGGUGCCAACAUCCUGCGUGGUGUUGCCGGUGCUGGUGUCCUGUCCAUCUACGACCAGGUCCAGCUCAUCCUCUUCGGAAAGCAGUUCAAAUAG